AAAGCCUUGCCCGUGUCGUCCUGCCGCGGUUGUUACAGCCAGUGAGCGGCCCAGUCGGUCGGUCGAGCGAGGGAGCUGGACCCCUACCCCUGCCCCCGCGUUAUAUCUGCUGCGCUGCGCUGCACAGACAGACUCCAGCUCGGCCGGUCACUAGUGAUAGUGGAUAGCUCGCCUCGCCCGCCAGCCGCCCCGCUAGAAGCUCGCAUCGAUCGCGCCCCAGAUCCCAAUGCGCCCCGCCGCGUCGCUCUAGGCCGCGGAAGAUAGCUGUGUGACACGCCGUGCAGCCAUCAUCAGCCAUGAAGGUCCUCGCCGUGCUGGCGCUCGUCGCCGCCGCCGCGCCGUUCCUCCGCGCCGCCGGCCAGGGCGAGGAAGGGGCCGGGCCGCUGCCGUUCGCGGUGGGCGCGGCGCCGGCGGGCUGCGACGUCGCACAGGGCGAGUGGGUGCGCGACGACGACGCCCGCCCGUUGUACCAGGAGUGGGAGUGCCCCUACAUCCAGCCGCAGCUGACGUGCCAGGCGCACGGCCGCCCCGACAAGGCGUACCAGAGCUGGCGCUGGCAGCCGCGCGGCUGCUCCCUGCCCAGCUUCAACGCGACGCUGAUGCUGGAGAUGCUGCGUGGGAAGCGGAUGCUGUUCGUGGGCGACUCGCUGAACCGGGGGCAGUACGUGUCCCUGCUGUGCCUCCUGCACCGUGCCAUCCCCGACGGCGCCAAGUCGUUCGAGACGGUGGACUCGCUGAGCAUCUUCAGGGCGAAGGACUACGACGCCACCAUCGAGUUCUACUGGGCGCCCAUGCUGGCUGAGUCCAACUCCGACGACGCCGUGGUGCACUCCGCCGACGACCGCCUCAUCCGCGGCGCGCCCAUGGACAGGCACUCCAGCUUCUGGAAGGGCGCCGACGUCCUCGUCUUCAACUCAUACCUCUGGUGGGUCGCCGGGGACAAGAUCCAGAUCCUGAGGGGCGCCGACAAUGACCCGAGCAAGGACAUCGUGGAGAUGAAAUCGGAGGAGGCCUACAGGCUGGUGCUGUACCAGGUGGUCCGGUGGCUGGAGCGCAACGUGGACGCCAAGAAGUCGCGGGUGUUCUUCGUCACCGCGUCGCCAACGCACACAGAGGGCAAGGCGUGGGGCGACAAGAAGGAGGGCGCCAAUUGCUACGGCCAGACGUCGCCGAUCAGCGACGGCGCCUCCUCGUACAGGGACAGCACGAGCCGGGAGAUGCAGCGGGUGACGGAGGAGGUGCUGGCCACGUCGCGGGUGCCCGUCGGGCUCGUCAACAUCACGCGGCUGUCCGAGUACCGCCGGGACGCGCACACGCAGACCUACAAGAAGCAGUGGGCGGAGCCGACGGCGGAGCAGCGCGCCGACCCCAGGAGCUACGCCGACUGCACGCACUGGUGUCUUCCCGGCGUGCCGGAUACGUGGAACGAGCUGCUGUACUGGAAGCUCUUCUUCCCUAGCAACGAUCAGUUCCUCUGAUGAUGCGUGCCUGCGUGCCUCUGCCUGCAUACAUACAGACACUUGGACACGGCCGGACUGCUAGGGGCUAGCCCAAAGUAACAUCCUUUGUGCCGGCAUGCACAGCGUCGAUCGAAACAGAACAAAGAAAUGUAGAUGAAGAACUGAACCUCGUGUAAGUGUAAGUGGUGUACAUGGAUGCGUGCGCCAUGCUCAACGUUAGUUCGUGGUUCAUGGAGCAGAAACUUUCCGUUGAUGUAAUCAGUUUUUCUUUCUUUUUUGGGGGUCGCUGUAAGAUCGAGGCUCUUUUUUGUGUCAAUUUCAAAGAAUCCAGGGGAAAAAAAA